GCUUCCGGGUGCGUGCGGCUGUCGCGCCGGCUCUGCGCGCUGCGAUGGCGGCGCCGGGCUGUGAGGAGGCGCGGGCGGCCGCCGCGGGGCUGAGUGCCGGCCCGCCUCACCCCGGCGUCCCGCCUCACCCCGGCGUGGCGCGGCGGCGGGGCCGAACGCUGUUGGUGCGGCACCUGCCCGCCGAGCUGACGGCGGCGGAGAAGGAGGAUCUGCUGAAGCACUUCGGGGCGGUGUCUGUGCGCGUCCUGUCGGACCACGGGCGGCUGAAACAUACUGCUUUUGCUACCUUUCCCAGUGAAAAUGCAGCUGUGAAGGCUUUGUCAAGACUGCAUCAGCUGAAACUUUUAGGUCACACCUUAGUUGUUGAAUUUGCGAAGGAGCAAGAUAGUGUGCAGGUACUUAGCCAGCCUUCUGUCUCAGAGAAGUGUAAAAGUUCGGAAGAACCAGUGAAAGAAGAGAGGAAAGAACCAGGCUGUGUUAAAAUAGAGAAUGGAAUUGCACCCAACCAUGGCCUCACCUUUCCCAUCAAUUCUUGCCUCAAAUAUUUGUAUCCACCGCCUUCAAGUACAAUUCUAGCAAAUAUAGCAAAUGCCUUGGCAAGCGUGCCCAAAUUUUAUGUCCAGGUACUUCAUCUUAUGAAUAAAAUGAAUCUUCCUCCACCUUUUGGACCAAUUACUGCUCGCCCUCCCAUGUAUGAAGAGUAUUUACCAGUGCCUGUGCCACCUCCCCCAGUCCCACCUCUGCCUCCUGAAGAGCCUCCUUUGCCUGAAGAGGAAGAGCAACUAUCUACUGGAGAUGAAUCAGAAUAUGAAAGUAGUAAUGAGGAGGAAAAGGAGAGAAUGACCAAGUUGAUGGAAUUAGCAACCCUUCAGCCUAAAAGACCAAUAAAAACAAAGAGGCAUGGUGUUAGAAAAAAGCAAAGAAUUAAAGACUUACUGAAUGUUCCCAUGUGCACUCCUCACAGUAAUUUGCACCCUACACUGUCACCUUCAGAUGUCUUUGAGCAGCCACACCAUGUAGGUCAUAAAAAAAUUGAGUUCCAUAUUACUACUGACAUACCAUCUGUUCUUCAGAUAAACUCUGAAAAAGAUGAAAAAAAUGACCUUUAUGCAGCCACAGAAGAAAUCAAUAAUACAGGCUUUGGAAGGAUUUUCCCAGCUCCUAGCUCAAAUGAUAAAAUGGAAACUGAAGAGGAAGAUGAUGAAAUACCAUCAGAAUUUAUUUCUAGAAAGGAUCUAGAAAAAAACAGACUGUCUAGAGAAGAAAUGGAAAAAUUUUCUGUUUUCAAAAACUAUGAGCCAGGUGAUCCAAAUUGCAGGAUAUAUGUGAAGAAUUUAGCUAAACAAGUUCAAGAAAAGGAUCUCAAGUUCAUUUUUGGAAGAUACAUUGACUUCCAGUCAGAAGUGGAACGAAAUAUGUUUGAUAUACGUUUGAUGAAAGAAGGCCGUAUGAAGGGACAGGCUUUCAUUGGACUUCCUAAUGAAAAAGCAGCUGCUAAAGCUUUAAAAGAAGCAAAUGGAUAUGUCUUAUUUGAAAAACCCAUGGUGGUUCAAUUUGCUCGUUCAGCUAGACCAAAACAGGAUGCCAAUGAAGGGAAAAGAAAAAAGUAAAACACUGCACAAGAAACAUUCCUGCGUAAAUACUGCAGUAAUACUGUCAUGCAGAGUGUAUCCUUUCUUGUUGUAUCCUUUUUUUGUGCGAUGUUUCCCAUAGCACUCAACUACAUUUAAGUUUUUGUAUAGAGUAGGUAUGGGGAUGAACUAAUCUGGUAAUUUUAAAAGCAAAGGGCACUUUUUUAGGGGGUGGGGAAAAAAAAAAAAAAUCAAUGAGUGGUCUGUGGUGUGUGAAUAGACACAAUGAAGGUUCCUAGUCUUAAAAGGUGGCCUACACCUUCUUCCUCAGAGUUCAUAUAACUUGCUAAUUUGUGGUCCAAUUCCUUAGCUUGUAUGAGCUAGAAGUGUUCCACUGAUGUAUGUGGAGCUGUGCUGAGCUCACACUGAGGAUGUCUUGUUUUUCUUUAAAUAAAUAUAGUAAUAACAGUACAUUGGUUACAAUAUGUUGCAGAGCAAUUCUUAAUAAUAUUAAAUGGUUAACCAGUAUUGUAGAUCAUUUGAUGAUUACUGUUGUCCUGAUAUAUGAGAAACAAUCUGUAGCUGACUUACUUUGUACAUUCCUUACUUUUUCUUUUUUGAGUAGUGAAGAAAAUCUAACAGUAUCUUGUGAUGAAGUAUUUGGAAUUGAACUAUUAAUCACUGCUACCGUUUUGUUGUUUGUUUUUUUGUUUGGUUUUUUUUUUUCUUUUGAUUCUCUGCACUGAGGUAGUGUUGUUGCCAGUGACUUAUAUUUUUCUUCUGGGUUUCAUAUUACAUUAUUGUUUAACUUACUGUAAUAUAAAAUUAAUACAGCCUGUAUCUAUUAAGUCAGAUUUUUUUUUUCAGACAUUCAGCACUUUUCUAAAUGCUAAACAUCUUUCAAUUUAGUUGUCAAAAGAAAGCAUAACACUACUAUUUUCUGGUUGUUCUUACUUUUAACAUGCCUUUAUGAUGUUCCAGGUCCCUUUUGUGUUCCAUCUCUUUCAAGUAUUAUCAAGCUGGGGAAAGAAGCAGUGUAAUCAUCAGGACUCUUGAACUGUGCGUAGUAGCAUUUCUAAAGUAUAUAAGGCAGAGCAUAAAUUUUCUCAUCUUAAAGAUUCCAGAUAUCUUUAAACUGUCACAAGACUUAUAUGAUAAAUGUAUGUUAGUUUGCUUGUGAAAUCUCCUAAUAAAUUAUUUCCUUUCUCUUCA